CACGUUGGAACUUCACCCUUGCUCUAAGCCCUCCAACAAACCAAACCACCCUUCUUACACUUCCGAAAGAAAAAAACCCAAAAUGAACACAAGCAAAGCCGAAGCAGAACGGUUACUUGAAAUCGGAGAAGAACUCUUGCAGAAAAGAGAUCUCAAAGGUUCAAGAGAAAUUGCGAAUCUGGUUCAAGAAACCGAACCUCUUCUUGAAGGUUCCGAUCAGAUCCUCGCAAUUGUUGAUGUUCUCGAAGCGGCGGAGAAGCCUCUCAAUCUCAACAACCACCACCUCGAUUGGUACGCCGUUCUUCAAAUUGAUCGCAAUUCACAAGAUCUCAAUCGCAUUAAGAAACAGUAUCGUACUCUCGCUCUUCUUCUUCAUCCUGAUAAGAAUCCGUUUUCUUAUGCCGAACUCGCUUUCAAACUCGUUAAGGAUGCUUGGGCUGUUUUGUCUGAUCCGGUUCAAAAAGCACAGUAUGAUAAGGGUUUUGAAUUUGAGCUAUUGGGAAAUGGAAAUGGAAAUGUGAAUUUUUGGACUGCAUGUCCUUAUUGUUAUCAUAUGUAUGAAUAUCCUAGGGUUUAUGAGGGUUGUUGUUUGAUGUGUCAGAAAUGUGAUAAGUCGUUUCAUGGUGUUUCGAUUCCUUCUCUUCCGCCUAUUGUUCCGGGACAAGAAGCUUAUUAUGUUUCUUGGGGAAUGUUUCCGAUGGGUUUUGUUUUUGAGAGUGUAGAAAAUGGUGGUGCUGGCACUGGUGAUUCUGCUGCGAAGAAGCGAUAGAUGGUUUUUUCAGUUGUGUGUCGUUUAAUGUUUGUUGUCUUGUUUCUGAGAAGUCUUUGUUUUUUUUUUGAGUCAAAAUAAUACCAUGUAGGCAUGUACCAAAAAAAUUACCAGGAAGGUUAAUGCCUAUGUGCUAUGACAUGAUGCUGUUUACUGUACUGUUAUGGCAAUGGAUAAAAGUGGAAAGUGUCCUUUAAUUGAAGGGUGUGAUAAUUGUUAGUUA